GUGGAAGCAAAAUGGCACAGAUAUUGAUCAUACCAUGAGUUAUCACUACAGGUUGGUUGGAGGCAGCUUGGCAAUCAAUAACCCACGUAAAAAACAGGAUAUUGGAACAUACCAGUGUUUGGCCACAAAUUCAUUUGGAACAAUUCUGAGCAGGAAGGCAAAGCUUCAAUUUGCAUAUCUUGAGAACUUUGAAAUGAAAACAAGAAGCACAGUGUCAGUCAGAGAAGGACAAGGAGUGGUUCUGCUCUGUGGUCCUCCACCACAUCACGGAGGCUUGUCUUUUGCAUGGACCUUCAACAAUAACACCUUAUACAUUCAGGAGGACAGACGGCGUUUUGUUUCACAAGAAACGGGAAAUCUGUACAUUGCCAAAGUAGAGCCAUGGGAUGUGGGCAAUUACACCUGUGUGGUGACCAACUCCAAGGCUGGGCAGAGUGUUCAGGGGCCACCCACUCCCCUCACCCUGCGCAGUGAUGGUGUGAUGGGAGAGUAUGAACCAAAGAUUGAAGCACGUUUUCCAGAAACAACAUACGCAGCAAAGGGCUCGUCUGUUAAACUGGAAUGUUUUGCCCUUGGAAAUCCGAUCCCUAGUAUCAGCUGGAGGAGGUCUGAUGGAAGCUCACUGACAAAGAAAAUCAAACACGACAAAAACAAAGGAGUUAUUGAAAUCCCAGAUGUUCAGCAAGAAGAUGAAGGCUCUUAUGAGUGCAUUGCAGAAAACAUUCGAGGCAGAAACAUUGCAAGAGGUCAAUUAUUUGUCUAUGAACUCCCUGAAUGGGAUAAAAAAAUCGAAAGUGCCUUUCUGUCUCUCUAUGACAGUUUGUUUUGGGAAUGUAAGGCAAAAGGAAACCCAACCCCUUCCUACAGCUGGUUAAAAAAUGGACAGCCUCUCAUGUCAGAGGAGAGAAUUCAAGUGGAAAAUGGAACUCUUAUCAUACCGAUGCUGAAUAUGUCAGACUCUGGCCUCUAUCAAUGUGUGGCAGAAAACAAGUACAAUACUAUUUAUGCCAGCGCUGAAUUGAGGGUCAUAGCGGCAGCCCCUGAUUUUUCCAAAAAUCCCGUGAAAAAAACAUCUGUUGUUCAAGUUGGUGGUGAUGUCACCAUUGGUUGUAGACCAAGUGCUUCUCCCAGAGCAGCUAUUGACUGGAGAAAGGGCCCCGAGGUGCUGCGCCUGAACAAAAGGGCCCUCUUACUGGAGGAUGGCAGUCUCAGGCUCUACAACAUCACCAAAUCAGAUGCUGGGGUGUACACUUGUAUAGCAACAAAUCAGUUUGGAGUUGCCAGAAAUUCAGGGAACCUGAUUGUGAAAGAAAGGACUGUAAUUACUAUUCCACCUUCUAACAUGGAUGUAACAGUUGGAGAAAGCAUAGUCCUUCCAUGCCAGGUUUCUCAUGACCCCUCCAUGGCUGUGGUGUUCACGUGGUUGUUCAAUGGCAACAAAAUUGACUUCAAAAGAGGAAUGCAUCAUUUUGAGAGAAUUGGAGGAGAAUCUGUUGGAGAUUUGAUGAUAAGAAAUAUUCAACUUCAUCAUACUGGGAAAUAUGUGUGCAUGGUGCAAACAACUUUAGACAGUCAAUCUACAGCAGUAGAUAUAAUUGUAAGAGGUCCCCCAGGCCCACCAGAGGAUGUUAGAGUUGAACAUAUUUCUAGCACUACUGCUGUGUUAUCCUGGAAAUCUGGAAUAGAUAACAAUAGUCCAGUCCAGAUCUACAGCAUUCAGACAAGGACUCCUUUCUCAGUUGGAUGGCAGGCAGUUUCAACAGUUCCUGAAGUCCUCAAUGGUAGGACUCACAAAGCAACAGUGGUUGACUUAAGCCCUUGGGUUGAGUAUGAGUUCCGUGUGGUUGCCAGCAACAGUGUUGGAACUGGGGAGCCGAGCAAGCCAUCAGCUCUACUGAAAACCAAAGCAGCAGUUCCCACAGUGGCACCAACGAACGUCAGCGGAGGAGGAGGGAGCCGCUCUGAGCUGGUCAUCACAUGGGAGCCAGUGCCAGAAGAACUACAAAAUGGAGAAGGUUUUGGCUAUAUUGUUAUGUUUCGUCCUCUUGGCUCAACAACGUGGACAAAAGCAGCCGUGGCUCCCUUAGAAGCAAGUAAAUAUGUUUAUAGGAAUGAAAGCAUUCCACCUCUGUCUCCUUUUGAAGUGAAAGUUGGCGUCUACAACAAUGAAGGAGAAGGGACCCUGAGCUCCAUAUCCACUGUCUACUCUGGAGAAGAUGAGCCACAGAUAGCACCAGGAGACACUUCAGCACUGAGCAUCUCGGCAGCAGAGGUGGAGGUCUCCUGGCAGCCCAUUGCAUGGAACAGGCACACAGGCAGGGUGCUGGGCUAUGAGGUUUUAUAUUGGACAGAUGAUCCCAAGGAAAGCACAGCUGGUAAAGUCAGAGUCAAUGGGAACAUAACAGCCCAAAAUAUCACAGGCCUAAAAGCUAACACAGUGUAUUUUGCAACAGUUCGGGCUUACAACACAGCAGGGAUGGGGCCCUCCAGCGCCCCGGUAAAUGUCACCACUAAAAAGUCACCUCCCAGUCAACCUCCAGCAAAUAUCGCAUGGAAACUGACAAAUUCCAAAAUCUGCUUGAAUUGGGAACACGUGAAAACAAUGGAGAAUGAAUCAGAGGUGCUAGGAUACAAAAUUUUGUACAGACAAAACAGACACAGCAAAGCUCAUAUACUGGAGACAAACAACACUUCAGCUGAACUCCUGGUGCCAUUUGAAGAAGGUUAUCUCAUAGAAAUAAGAACCAUCAGUGAUGGUGGGGAUGGCAGCAGCAGCGAAGAAAUUAGGAUCCCAAAAAUAUCAAGUUUAAGCUCCGGAGGAAUAAAAUUGUCUCCAAGAGAACUGCAUAUGUUGACAUCUGGGAUCCUACUCUUGAGUUUUGUUCUUAUAUACUCUUUUCCUUCGUGAAUGAAGCAAUGGACUCUAAAAAUCGAACUACCUGUAGAUUCUAUCUUAAUACUUUAUCACAACCAAAAUUUCCUGUAAAGAAAAAUAGUGGGGAUGGGGGGGAGACAGAGAUUGUACACAUAUAAGGAAAUGUAAAUAUUAAUAAUGCAUUAAUUUAAAAAUAUAAGCUUUGAAAUUCGUAGAUACAUAGGUACCAAAUAUAACUUGAAAUUGUGAAAAGAGUGAUCUCAAUUUUUUUUUUUACUAAUUCUUACUGAAACUCCAACUUAAUGGGAUGGUAGAUGUGGAAGAUUUGCACCAGGAGGAAACUGAGAAGAGACUUGAAAUUGCUUGUGAUGUGGAUAUUAAUUAUCUCACGUUCUUCAAUGUAACCUCUAAAUAAAAACCACCAAAAACAUUUCAAAUAAAUAACAGUUAGUUGUUUACUUUGGGUAUUACAGGAACCACUAUAGAAUGCAUUUUGUGAAGUAUAUUUGUAGGGGAACUGUUAGUUCAGGGCUUCGACUGGUAAUUGAACACCUGGUGAAGGGGUGUGCCUGGCCCAGACAACACAGGCAAAUUGUUUGCACCUGUACCCCCACUUAACCAGAAGGGUAGAGGCCCCCUGGGCUCAGAUAAGGGCCACUGUUGGAAGGAGAGCAUCUCUUGGACUUAGGCUGCUUCCUGAGGAGAUGUGCUGCCUACAUAGGGAUCCCUUUCACCAACUGGGGAAAACAAGGGCUGCACCAGAACAGAGGAUGUCUUUCAGGAUGCUCCCACUACUGUAUCUUGGUGAUACUGUUGUGAUGUAUGCGUUGGCUGUGGCACAUUUCUGUGAUAACUGCAGUAAAGCCACGUAAUCACAACCAUUGAAGAGAACCCAAGAAGGAUCAUGUAGGUUGUUGUCAAAGCUACUUUUAUUACUGACCAAAAAAAGAGAUCAAGCAAGAAAACGUUGAAUCAGACAUGGAUUGAAGCCAUGCAACCAGGAGGAAUUUGCCCUACAUAGCGAUGAAAUUAACAUAAACCAUAAACAAAAUGAAGACACUUGCUAUUUUCACAUUCCCGUUUUGAAAUGAAAGUAAAGCAGAACAAACAAGAAACUAAAAUCAUAUGUAAAGUCUACAAUGUGUUUCUGCCUCAGAGCUGCAAUAAUGAAGGCUCCUUCUUCUAAAGGAGCAAUAUUCAGCAGCUUCAUAUGUUUGACCCUGAGUUUUGCAGUGAUGAAAAGAAGAAACAGAGGAGCCUCAGCCUCACCUUGGCAUAAUGAUCUAUUUUCAGGCUUUUCAUAAGAUCUAGAACCACCAAAAGUAGGAGCAGGAGAAGGCAAGAGAGAAAAGAGAUGAGACAUAGUUGUUAGGCACAAUGACCAAUCCCUUUCAUGUGAGGCCAGUGGACUUGCUUAAGAGUGGGAUGCACUGGGAUUUUAAGAAACUUAAAUAUAUUUUCAGAUCUGCAACUGACCGUGCUCUUCCAUGCUCCACUUAAAAUUGUGUUUUCAGAAAUGCAGAUUUCUUCUCUAAUAGCCUCAUGGGGGGAAGCUGAGCAGGGCUAAGAGGCAGGACUUGGCUCCCAUCCUCUGCAGAACUGGGAAGCCAAAAGACCCAAGAGCACAGCUAAACCCAGAGCUCGAAAACGCAUCCGAAGAGCAGUGCUUUACAGGUAAGUUGAUCAGGCAAAGCUCAGAUUCUUUAGCCAUCAAAGCUGAAGUAAAAUAUUAGUAUGUUGAGAAGAACAGUCAAGGAAAGAAUAUUUAAUUAUAAAGGGACAGCAACAAAACCAUCAGAAAGGAAACAGGUGAAGUUGAAAACUCUCCAGAACUCUCCUGCUCUUGGUGCAUCACCUGCUGAAAUAAAAGAAAAAAAAAUUGUUUAAGUUGCUGUGAGCUCGGUCUUACACAUCAUUAUUAAAUGCUGAAAGUUUAAUAUUUCAUAUAGAUGGGAUGAGGAGAUUGCAAGAGAAACUGAAUAACCUCCAUGGACUUCUGAAAGCACUGAGACCAAAUCCACCCUGAAAGGAAAUGAACAGUAAAACUAUAUUGUUGAAAUUAAGUCCCGUAUUUAUAGCGUUUGUCUUAAUUUCAGAGAUUUAUUGAAAAGGGAUUUGAAGAAGAUGAAUUAAUAGUAAGAAAUGACAGACUAAUCCUUUCCUUGGGACCCGUGAUUAUAUGAAGGUGUAGUGAAAACAGCAGAGAGAAUGCUAGGUGCCCUUGCUGGAUGGAUACUACGUUCAGUUUAGACAUUAAUCUACAAAAGUGGAUUAAGAAAAUCAGAUGUGAGACAUUUUCACAAGGGUUUUGUUCAGUCUUGGGAACUACAUCUACAAAGAGUACACUUUAUAGCUCUGAGAAAUCACCAGGGAAAGGGGUUGGAAAAUAGAUUUCAAUUCAUUUAAAAAAGAUUAAACACUGCCAUAAAGUAAUCUAAUUAGUUUUAUCCUUUGUUCUGCUCUGGACAUCUUCAGAGCCGUCUGUUUUAUUCUGCUGCUGCUAUGCUGCCUUUGCCCCCAUGGAAAGGGCUCUCCCUGCACCACUGGGCUACAAAACAUAGCUUUGAGAGCACCAGAAAAGGUCACUGCAGAAAUCAAAUGAAGCUGUAUAAUGAGACUUAUCUUUAAAACCUCUUGUUAAUUAAAAGAUGAAGAUUUGAGCCCGGUCAUGUUUCCAAUCAAAACAAAGAAAGUUUUGCAGUCACUUGAAUGGCAGCCAGAUCAUAUUUCUGAUAACACUGAUCAAACAUCAAAUGCAAGAGGGCAGAAUGGUAAGCGUGAGAGUCAGAAAGGCAGCAAGCAGAGAACAUGCUUGGUGGGCAUUGGCCUGCUGGUAUGAUUUGCUUAGCUAAUUAAGGGCAAUCUUCAGAAACUUAUCAUUCUUAAUUUGCUUUCAUGAUGAUAAUAAUAACGUAUUACUGCGUGUUUGUCAAAGACACUUUAUUGUGCAGUUGCCUUUCAAGGCCAGGCUGGAGGCAAGCUGUUAGAGAGGAGGCACGGAGCAGCACGGAUCUGGUGUGCAAGCUGGAAAGGAUUAGCUGAGAGAGGUCUAAAAUGAGCUGUCAAAUGCUUUCGUUUAAGCAUUCUGGAGAGGAUUCUUAAGUCAUUGAGCUCUAAAUACACUGGGAAAAAAAAUGGAGCUAGAUGAAGAUGCAAAUAAAUGAAAUCGGGAGGCUAUUUUAAAACAGAAUGUGAGUUUAUAAAUAGUGUAAUAACAGAAUACUUUUUGAAAAAUCAGGAAAAUAUGUCAAAAAACAGAAAGAAAAUUAACUAUGACCAAGCAGAAAAUACAGUCACUUACUGUGAACAGCAGAUAUUAGAUCUGAAGGAAAAAUAAUCUAUACAAUUCUCUUUUCUCCUGAAUAAAGCUGACACACCAUUUUGUCUCAUAAUCUGCUUUCCCAUGAUGCAACAGUAUUCUAAAUUAUCUAAUAUAAUCACUUUAUCCUGUUUGAAAUUAUUGUGUCACAUUCCUGAGAACGGUUCAGGAGGUGCCUCAGACCAGAGAAAUG